GCAUAAAUAAAUAGCAGCACCAAUAUGCACUAUUCCACAACAAUUCCCACAUUUACUUAUUCUCUUAUUAAAUAAUUAAAAAAUUAUACUUCUUGCCCUUUACAUCAUUUUUCUUUUUUUAAAAAAAAUGAAUCACUUUGCGAUCAAAUCUAUAGAAACCCCAUCUAUGAAAUCUGAAAAACACUUCAUUUUUGCCCAAAUUUUGUUGAGGAUUUUGGCUACUGCAUUCACUUUGACUGCCGCUUGCAUAACUUUCAAAAGCGCACAGACGCUCAGUGUUUUCAAUGUUGAGACCGAUGCUCGAUAUACAUAUUCUCCCGCACUCAAGUUCUUUGUCUAUGCAAAUGUCAUUGGAUGUGCCUUCUCAUUUUUUUCUCUAUUUCUUGCUUCCAUCUUUGGAUGUACGAAUCUUCACAAACACAAGUAUUUUUACCUUUUCAUUCAUGAUAUGAUUAUGAUGGAUCUAUUGCUUUCUGCAUGUUCAGCAGCAGCAACAAUUGGAUAUGUAGGAAAAUAUGGACAGAUUCGUUCAGGAUGGAUGCCUAUUUGUGAUUCUGUUACAAAAUUUUGUCAUAAAAUGACAGCCAGUGUUAUAUUCUCUAUUUUUGGGGUUAUUUUCUAUUUAUGUCUUACUAUUCUAUCAGCAUAUCAAUCUAGAAAAAUUCAAGUUUGAACUUAAUUAUUACCACUAAGAAAUUAAAAAACAAAUGGCAAAGUAUAUAAUAGUAGUAAAAGUUAAUUCUACCUUGUUGUAUCAAGAAAGGUAAAAAAAAGAAAAGCUUGUGUAAUGCAGAUGCAGUUAUUAUUAAAUAUUGAGAAAAUA